CGAGGAGAAGUCACGGGUGACACUAAAAUCUAGAUAGACGGAUCAAUUAUUUUCCGCUUAUAUUCAAUCACGAUCGUCUUUCAACCUAGCGCAACUACACACGUCGAUAUAACUUCCCAAACUCAAGGAUUUGUCGCGAAUUUUCGCUCAGGCAUCUUCAGCACAUUGACCGCUUGAACUUGCGCCCGCGAUUCUACGUCCUCCCACGCGAGAUCGAGAUCUGGCGCCCGACAGCUGAGACCACCGUCAACGCUUCGUCAUAAUGCCUCCUCCGCCCGGACAGAAAGGUACAGGCAAGAAGGGUCGCGAUGCUCGCCAGUCAAGAAGUCGGAACUCCACACCCAUCCUUGGGACGACCGAUUCCACGACGGCGUUCCUUGAACUGCCCAUCCAGUCCUUCCGAACAUCGGACGAUCUCAAUGAGACCUAUACCGGUACUAUUCCCAGCUCGAAAGAUAUAGAGGCGUUGUUGGAGCGACUUAAUAAGCUUAUCGAUGUCGUCGAGACGAGGGGAACUGUCUGCGACAGAGGAAUGAGAUUGCUUUCCCAGGAGAGGAAAGAUAGACUUGAGGAGAUUGAGUCAGAGAGAAGAGAUGAAGAGCGUAAAGAGAGGCUAAAGCGCGAUGCGGCGGACGAGGAAGACAGGAAAGCAAGCAAGAUCAAGAAACGCAAAGAGGCGAGAGAGGAGCGUCCUCUAACACAUGGUGCUCAUGGUUUGGCACCUCAAGAUGGCUCGAACUUGGAUCGCUCAUCGCCAAUGCGUGACAAGAAGCCUGUCCGGAAGAUGUCAAGAGAUAAUGAUUCUGCUAGUUCCUCGUUAUCACCCGUCGCACAAGCUACACCUAUGGCAACUGGUAUGGAUAUUGAUGACAAAGAGGAUAAAGAUGACGAUGAUUCGAGCUCCGAUGAGCACCAACCCCCACCUGCAGCACCAAUUCAACAUCUACAAAUCUUUGGUGAGGAUCCUUCAACCUACCCCGACCCGAUCGUAUAUGAAAUUCGGGAGGUCACAAAGGAUAUGACUGUAGACCAGAAGAAGGAAAUAUACUCAGUAGAACAUUUCCCGGAAAGUAAUCUCGAAGAUCUCAUACCCGGUUCACCUCCAGACAAGGACUUCAGUAAUGCCAAACCCACGAAUCAAGUUCAGGCCAACACUUUCAUGACAUAUCUAGAGCCUUACUUUCGCCCCUUUACAGAAGAGGAUCUGGCAUUUUUGAGAGAACGAGGAGAUCGUGGUGCUCCAUUCACUAUUCCUCGGCGCGGUAGGAAGCAUUACACAGAGAUUUGGGCAGAAGAAGAUGGAGCAUUGUCUAUAGAUGCUGCACAGCACAGUCGCGAUAAACUCCCAGCCAACCAGGCUCGUGGCAACAUCGAGAAUUUAACAGAUGAUGUUGCAGAGACGGAUCAAAUUUCAGCAGGUCCCAUUUUGUCCAGAUUGUUAGCAACACUGAGACCAGAACAUCGCGCACCACCUACAGAGGAGAAGCCAACUACUAAUGGUCUUACGAAUGGUGAAGCCAAUAUCAAUGGCGAAGCAAACAAUGAUAUAGCUGAGCUCAACGCCAUCCUAGGAGUUGACACUCCUGCCCCUGUUCCUCCAGCGACCUUCAUGACCGAGUCAAAUUCAGAAGCAUGGAAGAAGGCUACUCACCCCAAAUUGGAUCAUGCCCAGGUUGACGAGCGAAUAAAGCAAGAGCUUCGCCAUAUCGGCUUCCUACCUCCGGACACAGAGCCAGAUUAUGAUGCUCAUUAUGAUGACGAAAUUGCUGCACGCCUACGCUACCUUCAGGCACGUCUCAAGGAAGUCUCUUAUCAGAAUGGAGCCCGAAAAGCACGACUGUCGGAACUGACUAAGGAAAGGAUGGCUCAUCAAGAAUUCACCACUAUCCUGGAGGAUCUCGACGGCCAGGUCCAAACCGCAUACCUGAAACGUACACGAACUCUUGGCAAGAGCAAGAAGGCCAAGCGACCCGGAGGAGCUGGUGGUGGAAGCCACUUUGUUGCUGGUGGUACAGGAGGUAUGGCUAGACCUGGUAUCGGCGAUAUGACCAAGACUCUCAUGGAGAGGAGAAGCAAGUGGAUCAACACUAUUGGAGGUGUGCUGGACAAAGAUGCCAAUGAGGUCAGAAGAAAUAAAGAUCCCGGGUCGUCGAUCUUCAAGCCAGAACAAAUGGCAGAGCUGGUGAGGAAGGAGAAAGAGAGCUGGUAUGAGGAGGCUGAAGAGGAUUAGAGCCCUGAAAAAGGCCAUCUUGGGGUUGUGGGUUACCAUUUGCAUCACUCAUGCCGUAGGCUUUGCAAACUGGGGACAUGGCGUUGAUCGGCAUAUCAGCACUUGCACAACCUUCAAGCGUACCUAGGCUAGAAGAGAGUGCUUGACGAGUUUCCAAUGGAUGUGUUUAACUUACGCCUUUGUUUUUGUUGGUUGUGAGUUUGACUUUACCUGUUAUAGUCACCGACUUUCCGUGUGCAACAUUCUAG